CAUUUACCUAUGCAACUAGAACCAACAGAGGCCACCUGUAUUGUUAUUAUUCCAUCACUGAUUUUUGGGGGUUCUACUGUGACCAACGGAAGAGACUCAGUGGCUCUCGUUACAUACAAUGACAGCGACAAUAUCCUCUCCAGUUUGCAGUGGCAAUGGCAAAAAGCGACGGUUUGAGAGGAAAAAUGACCAGCCUGGAAAUCCUUUCUCACACCGGGUUCCGGGGCAAAAGAUUGCUAUCAUCCCGUCUUUCACACUCGAGUCCGGCGUCGAAAUGCAGAAUGUCCCUGUGGCAUAUAUGAGCUGGGGAAAGCUCUCUGUUGGCGGAUCUAACGCCAUGGUUGUCUGUCAUGCUCUCUCAGGAAGCGCCGAUAUCAGCGACUGGUGGGGCCCUCUUCUCGGACCUGGCAAGGCUUUUGAUACCGACAAAUUUUUCGUUAUCUGCAUGAAUAGCCUGGGAAGCCCAUAUGGAACGGCCAGCCCUGUUACGGUCAAGAAUGGAAAUCUAGCCGACGGAUGGUACGGUGCCGACUUUCCGUCGACCACCAUACGCGACGAUGUCCGUAUUCAUCGGUUAAUCCUGGAUGACCUAGGAGUUCACCAAGUGGCUGCUGUCAUUGGUGGCUCCAUGGGCGGCAUGCUCACGCUCGAGUGGGCAUAUUUUGGCAAAGAUUACGUCCGUUGCAUCGUCCCCGUCGCAACUGCCAGUCAUCAGAGUGCCUGGGGAAUAGGAUGGGGAGAAGCCCAGCGUCAUGCCAUCUAUAGCGAUGCUAGGUAUAAGGAUGGUCGUUACAGCUUCCAUGAUCCUCCUGUUGCUGGCCUUGAGGCAGCCCGGAUGGCAGCGUUACUGACAUAUCGAAGCCGAGACUCCCUCGAGAGUCGAUUUGGGCGUGACAGGUCUAGCAAGAACGCAGAAGCUGCAAAUGGGUAUGAGACAAGUCUGGAGAUGCCAAUCCAAUCCAACAGUAAUGCCAACGCAAAGUCUCUGCAUCAGCUCAAUGGCAAUCAGACACGAAAAGAACCAUCACCAAACAAUGGGAUAUGUGUCCCUGUUCAAUCUUUCUUUCAUGAGAGCUGCAUCGCAUUCACACCAAAAGAUUCCGGUUUCGCAGCCCAGUCGUAUCUACGAUACCAAGCAAAGAAAUUCUCAAAUCGAUUCGACAGCAAUUGCUACAUUGCCCUUACGCACAAACUGGACUCCCACGACUUAUCACGGGGUCGUGCAGAUUCCAUUCCCGAAGCGCUGUCGAUGAUUCAACAACCCACACUUGUACUCGGAAUACGAAGUGACGGACUAUACACUCUGUCUGAGCAAGAGCAGAUUGCUCGGUGUGUUCCGAAUGCGAAAUUGAGAGAAAUCAUGAGCCAUGACGGCCAUGACGCGUUUCUCAUUGAGUCGCAUCAGUUGAACUGGUUGAUAAUAGGUUUCUUGUUCGAUAAUCUUGGCGAUAUAAUGCAGACACCAGCUAUAGUUUAA